GCGCGAGAAGAGAGGAGGAGGAGGAGGAGGGGGGGAGGCGGAGGUGGGCGACGGGUGGGAGGAGGACGGGGUGAGGGUAAUGGUGGUUGUGUUGUUGCGCUGCUGAAGCUGCUGCUGCUGCCGAGAGGGAGAGGGAGAGAGAGAGAGAGGAGAGGCGAGGAGAGGCAGGGGGGAGGUGGUGAGGUGCACUGCAAUCUGAGGCAUCUUAUACGUGCGUGCUGGCCAUGGCCGAUGCACGUCCCUUGAAGCCGAGAGUGUUAGGGUGAGGGUGGGCGAGGGCCAGAGGGCGAGUGAGGGCGCGAGCGGAGCGAGCGAGACGAGGAGGUGGGUGAGGGAGGACUGGGCGAGCGAGGCGAGCGAGAGCGAGAGGAGGGAGGAAAGGCAGGAAUGAGCGACGAGAGGCGAGAGGUGAACGACGACGAGGAGGAGGCCUGGUAGCGAGAGAGUCGAGCGACUAGUCGAUUUUUCGUUCGUUGCGCGUUUGGGAUGUGCGUGCUUGGUUCUGCAUUCGUUGGGAGUUGUUGUGUGUUUUGUUACAUCCGGUGAGUGGUGGUAGGACGGAGGCCGGGCGCGAGAGCCUCGAGCGAGAGUGUGCGACGGGGAACCGACCACAAGGCCGACGCGACGGCCCAGGCGUGACCAGCGACAGUUCGCGAGGCAAGAUCUCCUCGUGCCUGGAAACGAAGCGGACCGGUGGUCGAGAACCCUAAGGCGGUGACGGUCAGAUCUGUCUGGCAUUGGAACGACCGCAAGGGUGCAGCCUUCGCGAGUGUCAAGGGUGGAGUGCCGAGAAGGUUUGGGCGAAAGAUAUGAGUGAGGCUGUAGAGAAGAAGAGGAAGAGUACUCUUUGUGCAGUACGGCUGGACGAGUGUAUGGGUGAAGGAUGCCAGAGCUGCGUAGUGGAGCGCGCCAACCCCGCUCCCCUCUCACCCCAGGCAAUCUCCCGUCACCUGCCGUCGAUCAUCCGCCUCCAGUAGCUCCUGUCGAAGCAUUCGUAGAUUUGGUUCCCAACACGCGAAGAGCACCACCGAGGAGGCGUGGAGCCGCUGCCGGUGUUGGAGUUGCCGCAGGAAGGGAAGAACUUCCUCCGACUAGAACCAGGGUAAGAACCCGAGCGACAGUAGCCAAAGAGGCUGCUGUUGGCGCGACAAGGGUUGCCAGUAAAGGAAAAGUGACAGGUCGGGUCGUUAAGCAGACCCGUGCCGCCAAACCUCCUCUUCAGCCCAGAGCUCCUGUGGCCAGGCAGCGAGCAGGUUUAGGUCGACCGAAGCAGACUCUCUCACCGUCUCCUUCUCCCGAGAGGCAAUCCUCUCAAGAUCCAUUCAAUCCCGAGGAGGUUGAAGACGUCCAAGAAGAAACACCGUUGGUAGACCAGGACUCUCGAGACUUGGCAGAAGCAGAAACAGCUGAUAAGAAAGAAGAAAUGGAAGAGGAGAGUGCUGGACGAAGCGCGGAUAAGAUUCCCGGAGCGGAAGAGGAAGGCAGUACUGCACCUCUUCCUGAGAGGGUGCAAGUGGGAGGAUCCCCAAUCUACAAGAUCGAGAGGAAGCUCGGGAAAGGAGGUUUUGGCCAAGUCUAUGUUGGCAGACGGCUGAGUGGUGGUUCCGAGCGUACUGGCCCUCAAGCCAGUGAGGUCGCUUUGAAGUUUGAGCAUCGUAGCAGUAAGGGCUGCAACUAUGGUCCUCCUUACGAGUGGCAGGUUUACAAUACCUUGGGUGGCAGCCAUGGAGUCCCUCGUGUACAUUAUAAAGGUCGACAAGGCGAUUAUUACGUCAUGGUCAUGGACAUGCUCGGACCCAGUCUUUGGGAUGUGUGGAACUCCUCAGGUCAAGCGAUGUCCACCGAAAUGGUCGCUUGCAUCGCCGUAGAAGCUCUUUCGAUUCUUGAGAAGAUGCACUCAAGGGGAUAUGUCCAUGGAGACGUCAAGCCGGAAAACUUUCUACUCGGUCAAUCUGGGACUGUGGAUGAGAAAAAGCUCUUCCUUGUAGAUCUCGGGUUAGCAACGAGGUGGAGGGAUGGAACCACAGGUCAGCAUGUAGAUUAUGACCAAAGGCCAGACGUAUUCAGAGGGACUGUGCGUUACGCGAGUGUUCACGCACAUUUAGGUCGAACGGGUAGCAGGAGAGAUGACUUAGAAUCUCUUGCUUACACUCUAGUCUUCCUCCUACGAGGGCGUCUCCCAUGGCAAGGAUACCAGGGUGACAACAAAGGCUUCUUGGUCUGCAAGAAGAAAAUGGCUACUUCUCCAGAAAUGCUCUGUUGCUUCUGCCCCUUACCGUUCAAACAGUUUUUGGAGAUUGUUGUGAACAUGAAGUUCGAUGAGGAGCCAAAUUAUGCUAAGUUGAUAUUAUUGUUUGAAGGAAUACUUGGUCCCAAUCCAGCUGUCAGACCCAUCAACACGGAUGGUGCCCAAAAGUCUUGCUCUGCACAGGUCGGUCAAAAGCGGGGUAGAUUGACGGUAGAAGAGGAGGAGGAUGACCAACCGAAGAAGAAGAUACGCUUGGGCAUGCCUGCAACUCAAUGGAUAACCGUUUAUAAUGCUCGGCGGCCGAUGAAGCAAAGGUAUCAUUACAAUGUAGCUGACUCACGGUUAACUCAACACGUUGAGAAAGGCAACGAAGAUGGGCUGUACAUAAGCAGUGUAGCGUCUUGUACAAAUCUAUGGGCUCUUAUUAUGGACGCUGGAACUGGUUUUACUGCUCAAGUUUAUGAGCUUUCACAUGUUUUCUUACACAAGGAAUGGAUUAUGGAACAGUGGGAGAAGAAUUAUUACAUCAGCGCUAUUGCCGGUGCUAAUAAUGGAAGCUCUCUUGUUGUGAUGUCGAAAGGAACAUCAUACACCCAACAAUCGUAUAAAGUCAGUGACUCCUUUCCUUUCAAAUGGAUCAACAAAAAAUGGAGGGAGGGUUUUUAUGUCACCUCAAUGGCCACUGCAGGCAGCCGCUGGGGGGUUGUCAUGUCACGCAACGCAGGUUUUACAGACCAGGUUGUUGAGCUGGAUUUCCUCUACCCAAGUGAAGGUAUUCAUCGAAGGUGGGAUAGUGGGUAUCGUAUUACUGCAACUGCAGCCACUUGGGAUCAGGCCGCUUUUGUACUAAGUGUUCCAAGACGAAAACCAGUUGACGAAACUCAAGAGACCUUACGGACAUCGGCUUUUCCUAGUUCACAUGUUAAAGAGAAGUGGUCAAAGAAUCUGUACAUCGCAGCAGUAAGUUAUGGACGCACAGUGUCAUAGCAUCUUAUCAAAGCUGUGGUACAGCUCACCUACAGUGGCAGUUUGGCAGUCAAUCGGUGGUGCUGAUGAGGGAAUUGGCCAUGGACCUCUGCUGGACUCUAGAAGCGAUCUGUUUACCUUUUUUACUCAGUUGUGCAUAACACAGGUGUAGGACCGCAUGCUGCACCUAGGCACUGCGAAGACUGAGAAAUGCUGUGGGAAGGCUGCUACUGCAGCAUGGUGAGGGUGCGCUUAUAUGGUUGAUGUGGUGCUUCACAUCACGAAGUUUCGAUGAAAUCAAGCAAUACCUGGUCCUGCUCCUAAUCCGUAGAAGUAUUCGGAAUGUGUAUUAAGGGACAGGCCUUCCAUUGCUUUGUUUCAUCAAGAGGGAAAGGCCCGGAGAUGUGAAGUAGUCUUGCUAUCCAAAUGUAUCCCUUGACAAGUAGGUAAAAUGAUUCUCACUACUUGAUGCCAACUUUAGAUUCUCGAUUAUCUGGGAAGGUGGAAUGUCUUGUUUGCUACUAAUUCUAGCAUGGGCAUCCUUGGUGUACAUUUGUAGCUGCAUCUGCCAAGCUUUGUGAAGACCUGAGCGCAGAGUAGAAGGUCAUGUUUCGCUCAAUCCAUCACCAGAUACAUCUGGUUGGUUGUGAUUUAAUCUGUAAGAUAUCAGUCACCAGAAUCUUAUUUUGCUUAUAGUACUGAAGGGGUUUGUGUCUAAGCAGAGACCAAGGACAUGUUGCGAGGGUAAAAUUCAAUGGCAGCGCAAACUCUUUUGCCCUGCCAUUUGUGGUCUAACUUUGGACUAAUCUUAUUAUUUCCUGCGAUUCUGUGAUUGAAUGUUUCCAACUCUGAAAUCAACGUCAUGUACUAUUCCAAUGCUCUGGGAUUCACGAAAAGCUGUUCUUUGUACAGUGAAUAAAGUAGUCAAUUGUU